AAUAGAUAACUUAUUAUAUAAUUUGUCUUUUUGUGUUGUCUGUAUUACUGUAUGUGUUUUUAAUAUAUGUAUGUGGGCUGUACAUGCCCUAAUCCACCAUCUCACUCCUGAUUCCGACGCCAACCCCCUGCCCUGCCGCCGUCUCUCUCUAACCCGCUUCUCCACCUCCCUCACAUCGGCUACUCUCCGCGCGCCUACCGUUCCGCGCCGCAUCGGAUUGGGUGGUCGGGGCCUAGUCGAGGUUUCGCGGGACAGCGUCGGUCCAUGGCGGAGCUUGUGGGACCGCGCGUCUACAGUUGCUGCACUUGCCGGAACCACGUUUGCCUUCACGACGACGUCAUCUCCAAGGCCUUUCAGGGGAGGAAUGGCCGUGCGUUUCUGUUCUCUCAUGCCAUGAACGUAGUUGUGGGGGCGAAGGAGGAUAGACACCUCAUGACAGGGCUACACACAGUUGCUGAUAUCUACUGUAAUGACUGCCGUGAGGUGUUGGGCUGGAAGUAUGUGAGAGCAUAUGAAGAGACGCAGAAAUACAAGGAAGGAAAAUUCAUAUUCGAGAAGUCAAAGAUUGUGAAGGAAAACUGGUAGUGCCCCCAAGUUGCCAAUCACCAAAUGUUCUGGUGAAGAUGAAAUGGCCAUUUAGUGUGCUUUUGGAUGUUUGUGUCCUUGUAAAUAGCUUUUCCUCCGUGGAUUGCAGUGCUAAGGUGCCCCAUGUUCACGCCUCAGUGACAAUUGUAAAGCACACACUUGUUCAUGUUCAUUUGUGUGAAUAAGGUACUUCAUUUGGUUAUUUGGUAUGGAAUGGCCUCUAAUGUGCAUAA